AUGGAGGGAUGGAAACCAGAGACCGCCUUUUCUGUGGCUCUGAAGGAGUUCAUCUCGCGACCAACGAACAGCAAAAGGAAAACGCCGACCUUCAUCCAGAGGGUGCUCGACGGUGAGUGGACGACACCUCACGAUGUGAAUGAAGAGCUUCAAAGAUUGGAAACCGAAACGUCGCAGCGUACGACCCGAAGAGUUUUGAGAAAUGUGUUCAACGCCGUUUCAAACUACAGCGGAGUCAUUGGUGUCCUGUGUCAGGCAGAUCCGUAUCCAUCUGCGUUAGUAUGGGGAGGCCUCAAGGCCGUUAUAGAGUGCUUUCAUCGAUACAGCGACCUCUUCAAGCGCCUCGUGGGACAGCUCGAUGCACUCGCGCAACAAUUGAACAGGCUUAAACACUAUGAGGCGCUUUUCUCCGCAUCUGAAGAUAUGAUGGACCUAAUCGUCUUUUCGUACAAGUCAAUCAUCCGGUUUUGGAUCACGGUCGAAGAUCAAUGCCGAGCGCCGGCUUACAAGCUGGCACUAAAAUCCUUGACCUCAUUCAAUACAACGAGGGUUGAAGAGAUCGUCGCAGACGUCAAUGCCAAGAUUGACAACAUCGAAAAAUACUUGCCAAUCAUACAAGAGCAAUUUAGCCGGAGAGAUAAGGCAGAUGCGUCGAAAGAAAGAGCUCAGGCGCAAGUCACACUGAGCCGGAUUUUGCAAACAAUGUCAGAGAGCAGAGAAGAGGCAAAACGGAAACAAGUUUACACAUGGAUUGCAGGCGCGCAUGGGUCAGUACUCAGCGACAGCAACGCCAGCCGCCACAAGCGGCGACUAGGGCGACAGCUUGAUGGUACAGGCCAAUGGCUUCUGGAGGACUACCACUUCAGACAUUGGUUGGAGCCUGAUUCUGGCUCAAACGUCUUGUGGCUUAGAGGCGGAGCUGGAGUAGGGAAGUCAAUUAUCUGCAGCCACGCGAUCAAUGAGCUCGAACGUCUGCGCCCAAAAGCAGCCAUCGCAUCCCAUUUCUUCAGCUUCGACGAGGAGGAAACACCAAUGGACAUAUACCGCAGUUUGGCUGUGCAGCUUUACGAAUCUCUUUAUGGCGACACGGGAGAGGUUUCGGAGCGCCUCUGGAGCCUGCUCCGUGGCGAUGUUGCAAAGCAGGUGGAUCUCCAGAGAGCAAUCAAAGCAUUACUGCUAGAAGCUAGUAGCGCGUUUGUUUUCAUUGAUGGGUUGGAUGAGCAGUGUGAAGACUUGAAGAAAAACAAAAGAUGGGAUCAAGUCAGCGACAUCAUCUCAUUUCUGAAUGCCACCGCCCAGGAAACCGAAAUUGCCUUGAAACUUUGGUACAGCUCUCAGGACAACCAAAGUAUACGGAAUCUGCUUUCGGAAAGCGAAGAGAUUCAGCUUGGAGCUGCGAUCAACAGCAUUGAUAUCGAGAGAUUUCUCACGCUGUCGCUGACGUCGACUCAAUUUCUGGAGAUCGAAAGCUCGAUUAAAGCCAUGAUUCUGAAGAACCUGAAAAAGCAGGUGAAUGGCAGUUUUCUGUGGGCCAGUUUGAUGAUUGAUGUCAUUAAAGAGGCUCCCACCGUGCGCCAUAUCUUUCAUAUUGUCGAGGAGGGCUUCCCAGACGAUUUUGAAACAUACCUGCAAAGAAUGAUCAGCAGAUAUCCUCACAGCAUUCAUGAGUUCAUAAGCAAACACCAGCUAAAGAUCACUAGCAAUGUACUCUCCUGCUUGCUUCAUGCCAAGCGGCCACUGCUAAUUGAUGAGCUGUGUGAAGCAAUCGAAAUUUAUAGGACAAAGCCGGGCGAAGACAUUGACCCAGCCGGGCGUGUGCUUCGGAGCCAACUACAAGACAGCCUCGGACCUCUAAUCCGGGUUGAAAACAUCACAGCCACAAGAAAGGAGCAGAUAUGCACAUUAUCUCAUGCUGCUGUGAAGAAGCUCUUAGAGUCGCGACCUGACAUUCUUUCCCAGAAAGCGGCAUGUCGUAUUUCUCCCAAUAUUCUGGCUCAAGGAUGUCUCAAGUAUCUACAACAACCCAGGUACAGGCACCUGCUCAACGUAGAGACGGAUGUCAUUGCAACCGAAUGCGGCAAAAGUAUAGAGGGUCACGCCUUUCUUGAGUACGCUGCAAAGUACUGGCAUAGGCAUCUUGAUGAGCUUCAAUACUCGAAGGAUCUCGGCGACAUGGUCAUGGACUUUGUUUGCUCCCCAAAUUUCAGGACUUGUCUACAGGUGCAGUCCCUAUCUUUCGGACGUAAGAAAACCCCAUAUUUGCUUCAUAUUGCACUGUCUGAUCUUGCUUUAGGCCAAUUUGAUAUUCGACAUACCAAACGUGGCGAUCUUCACGAGAUCCAACUCUUCAAGCCGUUCCCUAGGUGGCUGACGACGGAGCAUACAGAUGGAGCCCAACGGCAAAAGGAGUACAACGAUGCCAUUAUAGAAUGGAGUCAUUUCCUCAGCCGCUACUCUACCUACCGCGGGACCUUCAAAGGCGACGUUCGUCGUUGUCUUUGGUCCACGCUUGGCGCGAGGAAUUUCCUCCAUAAGUUUCCUACAGCCUUCAAGUGCUUCAUCCUGGAGGACAGAACGAAUAAUUCAGAAAACGAUGGACUCAUCUACGAUCGCGUCAGCCCUGAUGGCUCCGAAAUCGACCUGAUGAAGUUGGAGGAGCCAACGCCCAAUACCAAUGACCUGCAGCUGAAAAUCGAGCGAUGGACCAUUAGACGAGGCUCCAGUAGACCGAAAAGAUUAGGGAUACAAACCAUCGCAGUGGACAGAAACGACCUACAACUUUACUGUGGAGAACUGACGCGAGGCGUUCCGGAGAGGGCCCCAAUGGUGGAUGCCACACGCGAUGGAAGACUUCUCCGAAUCGGAUCACGCCUUUACUCAGGUGUUUCAGGCGGGAGGCCUUGUUUUCGAAUGAUCCACCUCGAUGAUGAUGCUCCAGCAUAUAUGGAGACAACAGCGUCCAGUGAGAGACACUAUGCAAUAGCUUGCCGAGGCCGCAUAUCUGUCCAAGACCUUAGGGGAGAUGCCAUAUUUCCUCCUAAGACACCAAAUAUUUCUAGACAGCCAACUCUUCGCGACGAGGUCAGCAAGGAUGACAGCGAGUAUGACAGCGACUGUAGCUCAACGACCACCACUAGUCGUAGUACAGCCGCGGGCUCUACACUUUCGCGGCCGCAAUAUGGACCCGAGGACGGCGCAACAUUCGAAGCAUCGGGGUUUGAUUCAGAAUCAAUUGAACUGCAUUCGUCGUUUUCCGAUGAGGCUGGUCACAAAUUCUCUGAUUGGUCCGACACAACAUCUUCAACACACUCGGCAGAGCUCUCUUGGAGUGAAGGCUCUACCGCUUUUCAAUCUGACGAAGCCCAAGAGCCUCUGAGAGGCUUCGAAGAUGGCUACGAUUCCGGCUCGAACAAUGAGUUGAAUGAUGUUGACUCUGUCGAGCAAAAGUUCCUGGCUAGUGACAUAAGUCUCUCCGGAGAUUCUGUUGACCGAAUAGCUGAGUCUAGCUCAUCCUUAAGGUCCGUCAAAACCUUAGACAUGUUCACCAAUCAAAAUGCAGAGUAUGAAUCGAGCGACGACAGCGAUGAAAGCACCAACAGCAUCGCGUCUGAUCAAUCUAGUUCGAGUGGCUCAAGUCGUAGCGAAGCCAACGAGGACGUGCAGGUUGCUCGAAGGAGACUUGAAUUGCUUCUUGGCAAUCGUAGGAACGGCGUGAAAGGCCCGUUAUGCGAAAUAUUAGUCUUCAGGCUGAAUGGAACCAACGAGCAUGAAAGACGACGUCUGUUCCGCUUCCGCCAACGCAUGAGCUGUCGGCUUUAUGCGUCGCCGCCGGUUUUUCACCCGAAUAAAGACCUUCUGGUAUGGCCGCUCGGAGACUGCAAAAUACUUUUUGCCGAUUUCAUCCACAAGAAAUAUUUUAUCCGGACUGUCAGCAAAUCCAAACCCAAAGGGUGCCAAGUGUCGGUUCAGUGUAAUUUCUCUUCAUGCGGGCAGUAUCUACAUGUGGCGUCGCUUCAAGGCGUCAAAAUGCGAUUUACAGACGGCGAAAGCCGGCUAGGACUUAGGUUGAUCGUUUCGACUCACCGACUAUCAAAGCGCAAGCUUGUUAGAAGUCCUCCGCGGAUGGUAUACCAAACAUCGGUCAAACUUGCCAAGAAUUUCUUCGAGGAAGAAAAGCUAGACGUCAUGAACCUGCCGACAGUUCUUACCUGGGGAGUGAAUCAUUUGUAUGUGGCAGAGAAGAGCCUGGAGCUGCUGGUAUACCGUUUGCCACUGUUUAAAGACGUCGAGAAGAGAGACAGAACACCAGAGUCCCCUAGGGGAGUUGUCCGCAACAUGGGCAACCUAUUCUUGCCAAGGUCCGCAGAAAGCCGCAAGGUACACUUCUUCGUUGUUAGAGAUGACGGUGAUGGUCCUGAGGCAGCCACUGAGGAGGGCGUAAGAGGGACCCAGAAACAUACUGCCAGCAGCUCUAAAGAUAAGUACACAGCACAUGUGCUUCUUGGGGCCCAGAACGAAGGGGGAACUCCUGAGUGGUUCAGGGGCACAUCAAGGAUAGUGUUCGCUCCCAAGAUGGCACCUCAAGGUGUGCAUCUGACCCAAGAGCAACUUGGAGGGUGGAGUGGUGACAUCAAAGGCCAAGAUGCCAUGACGGAUCAGAACGUAGACCAUGGGAAAGGCAGGGAGAUAACAUCAAUGCUCGAGAGAUUUGAGGCCAUGGAGGAUUUCGAAUUUGUCCCGUACUUGCACCAUUAA